AUGAUUGGCCGGGCCCUCACUCGACCCCCGCGCGUGCCAUCGCAGAGUCUCUCCCGAGCUGCCAGCCGUCGGCUCUCACACAACUCCUCAAAGCCUAGACACGACCCGCCCCAGGCGCACGAACCACCGGACCACCGCCGGUCCUGGUUCUGGACAGCACAGAGGCUCUCCAACUUUGUCGUCAUUCCUGCCGCAAUACUCUACUGCGUCUUCUUCGCAGACUAUGGAGAGAGUGAGCAUGUGUUCAGCCCGCCCAGAAGGUGGCUGCAACAUCAACGUGAUGCAUUCUUUUCUUUGACCCCCGAGGAGCGCAAACUAGCAGAUAAAAAG